AUGGGGCUUGCUUUUCUCCAUCUCUAUUCCUACAUAGCAAUCGUGGACCUACCUGUUACGAGCCAUUGGGGUGCGAGGUCCUGGAAGGCAAUGCCCGAAAGACAGAUUUCCUGGAAACAAGGAUUCACCCUUUCUAGGAAACCCGAGAAACGGCCAACGGUGCGCAGAAAGAGACGGCAGCGGAUUGAGUUCGUCCUUGAACAACCCCAGACAUCUCUGCAAUAUCAACGUCGGCCCCGGUCGUCACCCACAGCAGGGGUUCUCCUUCAACCUACCAUAUUGCCAGAUGACCUCCCAGGGGAUAGUGCUUUGCCAGUAGACACACAACGGGAGCAUAUUCAGUGUGAAGAUGUCAUUGAAAAUGCUCCUCUGCUAGACCCGUCCAGUGGGACAUUGAUAGAUGAAUCUUGGGUUGACUUCGAGACAUCACCUGGAUUUGUGGAAAUAAGCGACACAAACCAACCUUGUCUAAGCUCAGUCAACAGUUUCGAAAACCUCCCUAAUGGAAUUUCCCUCUCUGUCGCGCCCAGGGGUGAGGAAGAGGUGAAUUUCCAUUCAGAGUUCGAUGGUGCCGGGUCACUGACUCCGUACCGUUCCUCUUCUCCUAGUUUUACGCCUUAUUUAUCCAUCAUAGAGUGUAAUACCCUCCUUGAACGAUUUAGACCGAUCCUUACAAGAUACAACGCAGAGUUUUGUACAAUCCCACUAACACUUCGACUUCGCAUAAAUCCGUUCCGAUACCGUGAUGAUCUAGAUCCCGAACCAAAGUUUCUAAUGCACGCCGUCAUGGCCCUGGCAGGCCACCAUCUCAACAGUUCUUCAACCUUGAGCCAUCGUCAUGCAUCCCUUCACUUGCUCCGCCAGAGUCUCGGUGCAUACAAUAAUGCGGAAACUAUGUACUCGGUCCUUGAUACUAUAAUAAUUCUAUUUUCACUAGAUGAGACUCAAUCCAUGCUCGGGAACUGGAGUACACAUCUCAAGGGAGCAUAUGACUUGCUAGAAGCCUGCGGUGGGAUAAACAGAAUUCCACUUUCCUCUAGGGUCGAGACCCAGAUAGGUAUACUCACCUGGUGGGAUGCCAUAACCAGUCUUCUAUCCAGAGAAGAUUGCGUGUUUCCUUAUACGUACUUUGAAGCUGUGGAAGCCAACCAACCAAAAAGAGAGUGGGAUUUCUUUGGACUGUGCGGAUGCCCGACGAGCCUUGCAAGGAUUGUGAUGCGGGUGGCACGUCUUGGGGCUCAGAUGCGAAACGUACCCUCGCCGCCGUAUUCUAAACACGAUGAGGCAGUCAUCACAGACGUUGAGACGUCUCUCCAAGAUUGGGUCCACACGCCGGCCGUGAACAGUUCGUGGGACGAGGAGGGCGUGCACCGGGAUUUAGAUGCUAUGCAUUGUUCCGAAGCCUGGAGAAACGGCAUUCUCCUCUACGUCUUCAGGGUGUUCCGGUGGAAGCCCGGGGAUAGUGUACCUCUUCAUGUCAUGUACCGUGCGAGGGCGGUUGUGGACCAUGUGGUGUCCUGUCGAGACGGAGAGAUGAUGUCCAGGCAAGCUCUGCUGCCGCUCUUCUUUGCGGGCUGCGAGCUGCGGGAUGGAUCCACGAGGAAGAAGAUCGUGGGCCUUUGCAAUGAGUGGGACCAGAGAACUCGGUAUCAUAUGUUUUGUGCUACGAUACCUCUACUCGAGGAAGUUUGGGCUGCUCAGACGGAGAGAGGUUUUGAUAAUGUGUGGUGGGGAGAGGUCGUGGAUAGACGGCACUUGUCUAAGGAUUAUCCCAUCAAAAUGAGAUUGUGUUUUGGCUAG